AUGCUUGCUCAGGCGGUGCUCUAUCUUGCAUGGAUGGUCAGUUUGGCAGCUAGUCAGGGAAUCGACCCCAACUCUAUUCCUCUCUCUACUCGGGACCAAUGGUGCGAACAGCAACAAUCGUCGUGUCCUCUGAUCUGCCUCCAACUUCCCAACGGCACUGCCGAUACACAGAGCAACACCUGCGACGCUACCACCCUCAACUAUUCCUGCGUCUGUAGCAACGGCCAAACCCCCAACUCCAGCGAAUACUCUCUAACAAUGCCCUACUUCAUCUGCACCGCGGUCAACAUCAAAUGUCAAGCCGACUGCAACGGUGACUCCGCCUGCCAAGCAGCCUGCGUCCAAAACCACCCUUGCGGCGCCCAGGAACCCAAACGUUACAACAUCACUACUACCGCGGCGAGUGCCACGGGUUCCGCCACGAGUACCAGCAGUGGUGAUGUCAUCUACACUGGAUUCGGCACUGGGUCGGCUUCCGUUGCGACUGGAGGAUCGAUGGGUGCCAUGAGACCAUUUUUGAGUGAAUUUGGCCAGGUUUAUGGACUUUUCAUGGUUGCCGCUGGUUUGGUAGGUGGUUUUGCCGUUGUUCUAUAA